AUGAUAGUGGUAGUGGAAAUAGAGGAUCGAGCAGAAUCGAAGAAGCCUUUCUUGGGUGGCUGGAGAAAUGUCUCUACGAAUCAAGAAUAUCAUAAUGCACGAACUCAAACUGACCCGAGGGAUUCGGAAUUUCCGAACAAACGGAAGAAUUUCAAAAUAGUCAAAAGCACACAAACCCUCGACAUGUGCAGCCAGUGUAUCGCCACAUUUCGCGACAGAGGAACACAAUUUCCCCAUUUUUCCUACCUACCAGACCUGCAGGAUCAAUUUUUAAAGCCUAAUGAAUCCUUGAGAAUAAAGGAACCAUCACGCAAAGAGGUGGAGAGUGCUCUAAAAAUACAAAAAUGUUACAGAUCAUAUCGUCGGAAAAUGAUUACGCGUCGAAUAACCAGAUUGUUCCGUGUUCUCGAUCAGGAAUCAAAUCAUGGAGACGAAAUCAGAUCACACCAAGACAAAAACUCCCUGGAAUUCCCGAAAGUGAAUUUCGAUAUGGUGCAUAACGUGUUGGAUCGCUGGCGGAUUAGUGAGGCUGAACGUACGAAUCGUGACCUUUUUAGAUCCUCCAAGUUAGUUGCCCAGGGCUUCAUCCUCUCAAAGGAAGUGGAAUUUCUUCGAGCGAUAGACCUGGUCAGGACUAAAGUGAAGAGAAACAUCGAAAAGAGGAGAGAGUUUGAGUUGCUGAAAGAGUUUGACAAACCGGCAAGAUGGAAGGGCUCUGAUGGAAGGGUAAUUUAUGUGCAGACUCUUCAAGUUCAGCAAGCUAAAGAAUACAGAGAGUUGUAUGAGUCUCUAGUGAAAGCAGAAGCUCCUUCGAGUAUUGAAACUCGAAUUGACUUACUGCUUGCUCUGAAACGAAUCACCAAAGAACAUUCUUGUCAGGUUUCCCGAGAUCUAGAGUACCUCAUUGAUCAAGAAUUAGAUUUGCUGUCGUUGCAUGUCGACGUCCAGAUGCUAGACCAGCUGAGAAAUCGAUUGAACCUUGCCUUUCUACGCUUGGUUCAAAGUUCUUUCCACCUUACGGAAUUCCAGUCGUCCAAUUCUUCUAAUGAAAUCGCAUACGGAACAACUAGAAUUUGCAGAUCUUGCGGUAGACUUCGUGAUGUGGAUCACUUUUCUCUGGAUCACCACCAGCGUAUUAGGUUUUGCGAUGACUGUAUGUCUCUUCAUAAUGGGAAUAAGAGUACUAGAAUUGUUUACGAGCCAUUUGAGAAUAUGCUACGGGACCUGAGACGUCGUGAGGCUCGGAUAAGAGCCUAUACGAGCCUGGUCUUUAUCGUGGAUUUCAAGGUUAUCUAUCACCUGGUGAACGACAUCUGGCACGGAAAGUCCGGAAUCACGGAGUGUAACGAUCUUGACAAAUUGCAACUUGUACGUUUCCGACGGAACAUCGAGUGGUCGCCCUGGAAUUCCUUAGUUCUCACAAAGAAAGAAGCCUUGGUGCACGAAACAGUCGCGAACUUGCUUGAUAUUUACGAUUCUAGCCUCGUGCAAAAGUUUCAUGGCAGGAAUUUGCAAGCUCGUCUCUAUUUCGAGUCAAUUACGAAGUUGCAGAAACAGUGCUCCAAGCUGCCCUUAACAGGAAACCAUGAACCGGCACUCCAGGAAACCUAG